UUUCAGCCACUUGACGGCGCUGACAUCGUCGUUCUUUCCAUUCUCAUUCUUCGUGGAGUGCAUUUCGUCUGCGACGGAAAAUGUCUCACCGGAAAUUCUCAGCGCCUCGCCAUGGCUCGAUGGCAUUCUACCCCAAGAAGCGCUCUGCGCGUCAUCGUGGCAAGGUCAAGGCGUUCCCCAAGGACGACGCUUCGAAGCCGGUGCAUCUGACGUGCUUCAUCAGCUACAAGGCCGGCAUGACGCACAUCGUGCGCGAGGCUGAUCGUCCGGGAUCCAAGAUCAAUAAGAAGGAAGUUGUGGAGGCCGUGACUGUCCUGGAGACUCCGCCGGUGAUUGUUGUGGGCGCCGUGGGCUACAUUGAGACUCCCUUCGGCAUGCGCGCGCUGUCCACUGUGUGGGCGCAGCACUUGUCCGAGGAGUGCCGCCGUCGCUUCUACAAGAACUGGUACAAGAGCAAGAAGAAGGCCUUCACCAAGGCGUCCCGCAAGUGGGCCGAUGAUCUGGGCAAGAAGGCUAUCGAGAAUAACUUCAAGAAGAUGGCUCGCUACUGCAAAGUCAUCCGCGUCAUCGCUCAUUCGCAGAUCAAGCUGAUCAAGCAGCGCCAGAAGAAGGCGCACAUCAUGGAGAUCCAGCUGAACGGCGGCAGCGUCGAGGACAAGAUCAAGUGGGUGAAGGAGCAUCUGGAGAAGCCGGUGCCGGUGAGCGAGGUGUUCGCCCAGGACGAGAUGAUCGACUGCAUUGGUGUGACGAAGGGCAAGGGCUUCAAGGGUGUCACGAGCCGUUGGCACACCAAGAAGCUGCCGCGCAAGACGCACAAGGGUCUGCGCAAGGUGGCUUGCAUUGGCGCCUGGCAUCCGAGUCGCGUGUCCUUCACCGUGGCGCGUGCUGGUCAGAAGGGCUACCAUCAUCGCACGGAGAUCAACAAGAAGAUCUACCGCAUCGGCGCUGGAAUCCACACCAAGGACGGCAAGCUGGUGAAGAACAACGCCUCGACGGAGUACGACUUGACGGACAAGUCCAUCACGCCGAUGGGCGGAUUCCCGCACUAUGGCGAGGUGAACAAUGACUUCGUGAUGAUCAAGGGGUGCUGCAUUGGGCCGAAGAAGCGCAUCGUGACGCUGCGCAAGUCGCUGCUGGUGCACUCGAAGAGGUCGGCGCUGGAGAAGAUCAACCUCAAGUUCAUCGACACGUCGUCGAAGAUGGGCCACGGUCGCUUCCAGACCACGGCCGACAAGGCGGCCUUCAUGGGACCGCUGAAGAAGGAUCGUAUUCGCGAGGAGAAAUUGCUCGCCGCCGCUUCCAAGACGGCUUAAAUGUGCGCAGAUCUUGAUUAAUAAAGAGAUCCAGGAAUAACAA